GCAGAGGAGAGUGUUGAUCGUGUGUGUGUGUGUAGCGGUUGUUUGUUCGUGCGUGUUUAUGUCGCACAAACGUCGCAGCAUAUUUUGCCGGGACCGCGUGACAUCGCGUGUUGUGCGAUGAUGCGAAGUGAGCGCUGCCGGUGCCCACGCGCCUAAAUGAACUGCUGCUGGUCGUCUCGCGUGAGUGCAGCCUUGCUUGGGCACAGCGGCAUCGUCCAAUCGCUUUCGCGUCGAUGUUGUGCUCGCUUGCACGAGCUUGAGACUCGAAAGUGCCUCAGCUACGCCGCAGUCGUUACAAGGUCCCUGUUUGUGAACGCAUUGCCAAGGCCGCCACUGCUUUGUUUAGGCAAGAUGGCGGCUGCUCCUACUUCUGCGGCAUCUGCUUCGACUUCGGCUAGCUAUGCGAGAAACCGGCUUGCUCACGAAAAGUCUCCAUACCUCCUGCAGCAUGCCACCAACCCCGUCGACUGGUACCCUUGGGGCGAUGCUGCAUUCAAGAAGGCCAAAGAUGAAGAUAAACUCAUUUUCUUGUCUGUGGGCUACUCAACGUGUCACUGGUGUCACGUGAUGGAACGGGAGUCCUUCGAGAACGACGACAUUGCCAAGAUCAUGAACGACAACUUUGUCAACGUCAAGGUGGACCGCGAGGAGCGGCCGGACGUUGACCGCGUCUACAUGACCUACGUUCAGGCCACGUCUGGAGGCGGCGGGUGGCCCAUGAGCAUAUGGCUCACGCCCGACCUGAAGCCAGUGGUCGGUGGCACCUACUUUCCUCCCGAUGACCGGUACCACGGCCAACCCGGCUUCAAGACCCUGCUCACCAGCCUUGCCGAGCAGUGGCGGAAGAACCGGACUAAGCUCCUCGACCAGGGCACACGCAUCUUCCAGAUCCUGGAGCAGACGUCCGAUGUGCGUGUGUUCGGUGGGGAUGGCGUGCCCACCUCCCCUAGAGGCAGCGAGGCAAACCAAAAGUGCCCGUUCGCACCGGAUGUCGCCACCACCUGCUACCGGCAGCUAGAGCGAUCGUACGACGUCACCAUGGGGGGCUUUGGGCGUGCCCCCAAGUUCCCCCAGUGCGUCAACCUCAACUUCCUGUUGCGGUACCGCGCCGUGUUGCUUCAGGGGGAUCCUCCACCAGAAGCAAAGACAGCGGUGGACAAAGCGCUUGAAAUGACCGUUCACACACUGCACAUGAUGGCGCAGGGUGGCAUCCACGACCACAUCGGCAAGGGUUUUCAUCGCUACGCGACGGACGGCAAAUGGCACGUGCCCCACUUUGAGAAGAUGCUGUACGAUCAAGCUCAGCUGACCCGCACCUACAGUGAGGCCUACCAGGUGACCCACGACCGGCGGCUGGCUGACGUUGCACGCGACAUCCUGUGCUACGUCGAGCGGGAUCUCAGCCACCCGAGUGGCGGCUUCUACAGCGCUGAGGACGCCGACUCGUACCCCGAACACGGGGACAAGGAGAAGAGGGAAGGCGCCUUCUGCGUCUGGGAGGAGAGCGAAGUGAGUCGUCUGCUCACGGAGCCGCUGCCCAGUUGCCCGACCAAGACCGUUGCCGACAUCGUGUGCCGCUACUACGACAUCCGGAAAAGCGGCAACGUCGACCCCAUGCAGGAUCCUCACGACGAGCUCAAGAGGAAGAACGUGCUCAUUGUGCGCGAGUCCAAGGAGUCGGUGGCCGCAUGCUACGGCCUCGAAGUAGGCGUGCUAGACGCCUUGUUGGAGCGGGCGAGGGAGACACUGUUCGAGGCCCGCCUGCGGAGGCCCAAGCCACACUUGGACGACAAGUUCCUCACCUCCUGGAAUGGGCUCAUGAUAUCCGGCUUUGCGAUUGCGGCCCGUACGCUGAACCAGCCGGUCUACCUGGACCGGGCUCUCAAGUGCGUGGAGUUCAUCAAGAAGCACCUCUACGACCCCAAGAAGAAGACGCUCAUCCGCAGUGCUUACCGAGGAGAAGAUGGCUCUGUGGUGCAAGGGUCGCAGCCCAUAGAUGGAGUGUUGGAGGACUAUGCCUUCCUGAUUCAAGCGCUGCUGGAUGUAUACGAAGCAUCCUUUGACGUGUCCUGCCUGAUGUGGGCCGAGGAGCUGCAGGACAAGCAGGACCAACUCUUCUGGGACACCAAGGACAUGGGGUACUUCCUCAGCAAUGGCAAAGACCCCACGGUCGUGCUGCGCCUUAAAGACGACCAAGAUGGGGCGGAGCCGAGCUCCAACUCAGUGUCGCUGAACAACCUGGUGCGGCUGUCGGUGCUGCUGCAGCGCGACGAGCUGCGCCAGCGUGCCGAGAAGCUGGCCUCGGUGUAUGGCCAGCGCAUGAUCCUGGUGCCCCUUGCACUGCCUGAGAUGGUGUGCGGCCUGAUGCGGCUACAGGCAGGGCCUCAGGAGGUGGUGAUUGCCGGGCCCCGGGACGAUCCCGGCACCAAGGAGCUGUUGUCGUGCCUGCGACGGCACUUCUUGCCCUUCGUCACCGUCAUUCUAGCCGACCAGGACCCCGAGAACCCGCUGCGCAAGCGGCUGGAAAAUUUCGACGGCUACACCUGCGUCGACGGCAAGCCCGCCGCAUACGUGUGUCAGGACUUCCAGUGUGCCAUGCCCGUCACGACCGCUGCCAAGCUCGAAGCACUUCUGACCGCCAAGGAGACGUAGCGUCCCCGAGACGUAGUAUCGCACUGUUUUCCGGAGCUAAGAGCAUUGACACAAAGAAUGCAGUGGAGGAAUAACACGAACCUACAUAAGCUAAGAAACAGUGCUUACACAGACUGUUGCUUCAUUUUGUUUUUUGUCUACACCUGUUUGCACUGUUGUUUCGUUAGGGAUGUUAGUUGGUUAAGGAGGUUGUUAUACCCUAGUAGCUGCUCGCAGAGGCCCACUUAUUUGGGCACUUGUUGCGUUUCGCACAAGAGUGGUGUUGCUAGACCUGGGAGUUGAAGAAUAAAGGUUCAGUUGUUUCUUUUUCACUACUUUGCUUGUUCACUGCUUUAUGAUCUUUUUGGUAUUUUUAUAUGAAAGGUAUACAGAUUAGAGCAAUUCUAACAAAUUCAAAUUUGGUAUGGAAAUACUCUUUCAUAACACUACCAGAUAUUUGUUUUGAGUACAUUCUCGUUACAUGCUCACACUGGCGAGAAAUCUUUUGCUUCGGUAUAGCUGAUAAUUUGUUGUGUCCACGUGUUUGCUAUGUCAAGGUCAGACUUCCCUAGACCGUUUGUGAUUGCUGUGCGUGCUUGUGAAUUACAUAUGCAACACAUAUGGCACGUAUGACAUAAUGUCAUACUGAAAGUCCUGAGAGCUUCACCGCAUCGCUGAGUUGAGCAUCAUCAGUUCAGCUCUGCUUGUUCCGCAGAAGGCACUUAGUGUUUUAGUUCUUCAAGUUUUCUACUCUAUAGGCCCUCUAAUUGAUGCUAGAAAAAUAAUGAUCGUGUGAUUUGGAACUGUAAUUGAACGUGUAGCCUGUCCUUGACUGAAACUAUCUUUUAGUGCUGCGGCAGCUAGUAUCACCAGUGUUUCUAUAUGUGUUGUUCACUUUGCAAUUCACAGCCAGAAGUUGGCAAGAGUGGCAAGAAUUACAUCCAUUGGGUAUAUCGUUGAGCCCGUUUACGAUCACUAGCUAAUAUUUUCACUCUAGUCGGUCGUGUUGGAUCACACAUGACCAACUAUCGCGGCUUUUUGGUGGAAGUGCUUGCAGCGAUAUUAUGUUCUUGUGUAAAAUUAUGUGUACACUGAUUAUUGUCGUACGGGUAUACCUAGAAUUCCCACAAAUGGCAGAAGUAGUGGUAUUUACAUAAGUAAUAAAUGAGUUAAAUAACUCUGCGAAGGACUGCAAAUUGUCCGUUCUAUAUGCACUGCCAUGUCUUUGAGUCAACAAUUAUGUGAAGCGCUAUAUGUAAUAUGCUUGAAGCAAUAUAGUUUUUUUUAAUGCUCUCGGGCAUCAAAAGUGCUGCAAUUACACAGGCAUUAUUAUAAGUGGGUAGGUGUUAAGCUGUCAACCAUAAAUGUGCAAUAAAGCUCUGAAUCUUUUUUU